AUGGCACCUUCGACCUCCAAGGCAGCCCUCGGCCUCGGCCUGCUGGGCGGGGCCGCUUUCGUGGCCCCUCAGAGCGGCGCACGAAGUGCGGGCACUGCGCUGCGCGGGGCGGCGAAUCAGCAGCCGCAGGACAGCUCCCUACUCUCUGCGCUGCCGGCGGUGGGCGUAGGCGCGGCGGGCGCGCUGCUGGUGAGCAACAUGGGCCGGAAGCCCAGCGCGGGCCGCGCGGCGGCGGCUGUGGCGCUGCGAGCCUUUGAGCAGGAGAGCUGGGUGUGCAGCCCCCGGUGGGCUACUGGGACCCCCUGGGCCUGGCCAAGGACGGGGACGUCGAGACCUUCCAGCGGCGCCGCUCCGUGGAGCUGA